UCGGACUCUCCCUGCCUCUCCAUCCUGCGACCUCCUUCUGCUCCGUUCUCCUGCUCCUCGCAGCUUACUGAAAAUGUUGGCGACCAAAGGCCGGAUUCAGGGACGUGUGCUGCUUGUGCUACUCGCGUUACGUGGGCAAACUGCUCGCUGUCAUCAUCGAUACAAAGGCUCUGCGACCCGUGAAGAACUGAGACUCCUUCUGGUCGGUAAAACAGGCUCGAGAAAGAGUGCGUCCGGAAACACCAUCCUGGGGGAUGCGUACGCUUUCAAAGAGGACGUUUCGCCCGAGUCUCUCACCGACAGCUGUCUCAGAAAAGAGGCAGAGGGCGACAAACUGGUGGGAGAGGAUGUGGUGAAAAUCGGCCAGCUGCGGCUGGUCACAGAGUGUUACAAAGGAGAUUACUGAGAUUCGUUUGUAACAAAAGGCUGAUUCUUUCAAUGCACGCAUCCUACGGUGAGAUUUAUAUCAUGUAUUCACAGCCACCAGAGGCGCUGUACAGCACCGAGUGCCUGAAACACAGACAGUUUGUUGAUAUUUUUUUAAUGUAAACCUUCUUUUUUUUUCAUGUAAACCUGUUCUUGACAUAUCUACUGAGAUUCGUUUGUCUUGAAAGGCUGAUUCAACCCCGUUGUUGACUUUUAUUUUGCCUUCCAGAUUGCCUCAGUUGUAUCGUGAGUGUAAUUUCAAAUAAAAUAAAAUAAAACUCA